AUGUCCACACCAUUGGAUCAGUUAGCGACGCGUCCAGGGAAACGGCGUCGACUUGAGCGCGUUGCUGCGGCCUGCGACCUUUGCAAGAAGAGAAAGGUCAAAUGCGACGGCGAACAACCAUGUACCUAUUGCACGCGAAAGGAUCGUGCAUCUACUUGCACGUUCAGUGGUCCUCAUGUACGCCCUCGCACGCGUUCUGCCGGCCACACUCCUACCCACGGUGUUCGUUCCGACGAUAUCCACCGUCCUCACGCUCGUUCUACAGGCCAUACACCGAAUGACCGCGAUGGCGAUGAGCAGGAUGAUGCCCUGCGUCAAAGGAACGACUGUGAAGUUGCCGACGUGGGGACAUCACUCUCCCCAACACUAAGUAGAGACGAUCAACAAGGAGACACAGUCGUGCCCCUUGAAGGUCGCAUCCUUCGUGACGCCCAGGGGAAAUCCAUCUUCAUUGGCGAUUGCGCUCCGCUCUCUUUUCUGCAGACAGUCAGGCACCUUAUCACAUCCGAGGUGGAUCCAAGAGCCACUGUCCAAGCCACCCGCGAUCCCAUCAUCGAGAUCGCACGCCCCGAAACCACAGAUGAACAUUUUUGUCCUAUUAUUGACGUGCAGCAAGUUGACGCGCUAGUCGAAGAAUACAUUGCUGCAAGUAGUGGCCUUGUUCAGCUGUUUGAAAAAGAGGAUCUCGCUCCUGAAUUGAAAGCCUGGGUAGAUAGCAGAACUUCAAGCUCAGAAGACGACGCCGCCGCUGCAGUCUUUUAUCUUGUUCUAGCAAUUGGUGCACAAGAAAAAUCCGAGGAGAAGGCGGAAGCCUGGUUCAAAACCGCUCGGGAUCUGCUUCUGAAGCAUAUGUGCAAUAGCAUGAACGUUUCUACUGUUCAGGGCUUCGCGCUCGUAGCAAUUUUCAUGCUUCGAGCAUCUCAGCCGAAUGGAGCGUAUUUGUAUUUCUCUUUGGCUGCGCGUGCCGCAUAUGCAAUCGGUAUACAUCGAACUGAAGUAAACGCUUCUUUUGGCAAGACCAUCAAGCUGGUGCGGGAUCGUAUCUGGAAGAGCAUUCGUGUCAUUGACCAACUAAUAAGCAAUGCUUUGGGUCGACCUCCAUCCACUUCCGAUGUUGACUGCACCGUCAAGUACAAUGCCUUUGAGGAGGAUAUGGAAGCCGACAAGGUCAGUGUACUGGAUGCAAGCGUCCAGAUCUUCAUGAUAAUUGAGCGCGUUGUCGUCGAGGUGUAUUCUCGCAAACGUAUAUCUUUACGUAUCGCCGAUUAUGUCUCGCGACAGCUGAAGAACUGGGCAUCCAAAUGGCUGUACAAACUAUCCAAUCUCACAGCUAGAAGUCAUUCUCGCGAAGCACUGGUGGGCGCUUGCUCCACAUUGUGCUCCUACUACUAUGGCAUAAUGCUACUCACACGUCCAUUCCUUAUCUACGAGUUGUAUGAGUACAUGGGCGCUCCACUGAAGAGCGGGGGCACACAGUCUGAUCACCAAGAGAAGCGCAAGUACGCAGACGCUGCACUCGAUGCAGCUUCGACACUAGUGGAUACUCUACUGGCUGUCAUUCGCACAAACCAAUUGCCUCGCAGGAUGCCGCUGAUAGUUUCUUGGCUUUUCACAGCUACACUUGUUCUUGCGGUUGGUGUUCUUGGUGACUCGGGACUCAUGUUAGUAGACAGCUGCAAGGAUGCGAUUAUCUGCAUGGAUCACUUUGGUCAAGUGGACCCUCACGCCCGACAAUAUUCGCAGGUCGCUCAAUCGCUACUCAAGAUCACCACCGCGCAUGCCAAGAAGAGGGAGUUACACUUGCGACGGAAACGGAAACAAGCGUCAUCUGAACUGUUUGGUUUAUUGGCUUCUGAGUCUACUAUUCUGCACGCCCAGAGAGAUGAAUGCGAGACACAGCUCGGUCCUGGGUCUCUGGUCUCCCGAGACUCUAUCCAGCGUAACGUCCCUUCCUCAGGGCCACUCGAUUGGACUAUAUACGAUGCCGACUUCUUCGCUCUGCCAUGGCCGAGUGAGAAUGAUCAGGGUCUCCAGGAUUUUCUACAGCCAGGCACUCACAACCUUGAUGGUGUAUCUGUAGCUGACAUACCGCUGUUCCCUAUACAUGACCAACAGAUGGGUAGCGACUUUUUUCCGUAG